AGGACAUGCCGCCUCGGAGCCGUGGUCGCAACGGCCAACAAAGCGCAUGAAUGGACAACGGCCUCAGCCGCCCUUUGUCGAGGUUCCCCAUCGAUUGAUAUCACAUGCCGGCCGUUCUCCAGGGCUCCAGCGCCCUCCUAGUGUGGCGGGUGUGGCUAGAGCUAGACAACGGGCGUCAUCACCAUCCAUCUCCGCGCGCACCCAUGCUUUCUCUCUUCCCCACGCGCCACCAUGAAGAGCGAUUUCCCUGAGAUCCAAGGCGGAGGCUCGCUCAUCUUGGCCUGGCAGAUUCGCAACAAGCGCGUCCUAGUAAUUGGAGGCGGCGAGGUAGCUGCCGGCCGCAUCGUGAAAGUACUCAAUGCAGACGCAAAAUGUGUCGUCGUCGCGCCCCGCUCCGGCCUCAACGACGAGGUCGCCUACCGCGUAGACCAGAAGCAAGUCGAGCACGUCGACCGAAACUUCGAACCCUCUGAUCUUGACGGCGCCGACAUGGUCAUGUGCGCCAUAGACGACCCCGAGGCCUCGACCCAAGUCUGGAAGCUGUGCAAGGAGAAGAGGAUAGCCGCCAACAUAGCCGACGUGCCACCCGAAUGCGACUUCUACUUUGGCAGCGAGCAUCGCGACGGCCCGCUGCAGAUCAUGGUCAGCACCAACGGCAAUGGGCCCAGGCUGGCAAAUUUUGUGCGAAGGCGGAUCGCAGCCACCUUGCCGUACAACAUCGGUACCGCGAUACAAAGAGUUGGCAUGCUACGGAAGAAGCUGCGGAAGGUCGCACCCAACAUCGAGGAAGGACCAAAGAGAAUGGCAUGGAUGAUCAAAGUCUCUGACAAGUGGACCCUCGAGGACCUGUGUGAGAUGACCGACGAAGAUAUGGACGGCCUUCUGGGUUUUUACAAGCCAAAUACUGUCCCAUCGCUGGAUGAAGUCCGACUGGCGCAGCCAGAUGGCGCAUUUGAUGGACCUUUCUUGAUCUAACAAGUUGAUUUGUGCGCGGCUUUACGGAGUUUGGAAAUAUCUCGACUUGACUAACGGAUCUGAUUGCAUUUGAGCGCCUGGAUGAAGCAGCUAAGUCCUAGAAUCCCUUGUAUCAAUACGACUGUAUAAGACGGAAUCUUGCUUCAGCCAUCAUGUUGUUCUGUUAACUUGAUCGACUAUGGCAUGCGCUCGACCAAUCAGACGCGAUGUGGUCCAAGCGGCAUGCGCCAACAUCGCUCUUGCUUCUUCGACUUUGAUAUAACACAACACGACAUGCAAUCCGGCG